CGGACAAGUGCGGACACAUUGGCCGCGGCGGAGCUCGGCGAGGCGCGCACGGCCCCAGGCGGCUGCGCCCAGUGGAGGCAGCGCCCGCCCGCCCGCAGAGCUCGGCCCGGCCCCCGCCGGCGCUCGUCGUGCCCUGCGAUCUUUCAGCCCUGCUCCGAGGUCGCGGUUCCCGGCCCAGGUCACUCCCCGGGCGCACGCGGCGGCGGAGGCAGCGGCGCCCCGGGCUCACCAUGGUGGCAGCGCGCGCCGGGUGCUCGCGCGUCGCCGGCCGCCCGAGCCGCAGCGCUGGCUGAGAGCAGUUCACCGAAGCCCCCUGCCCUUGCCGGCUCCCCGCCCCGCUCGCGCGUCCCUUCCGGCCGCCGCUGUCUAUGGCGCAGCCCCCCUCCCUGGAUCAUGCACAGAAACUUUCGCAAGUGGAUUUUCUACGUGUUUCUCUGCUUUGGCGUCCUCUACGUGAAGCUCGGAGCGCUGUCGUCCGUUGUGGCCCUGGGAGCCAACAUCAUCUGCAACAAGAUCCCUGGCUUGGCCCCGCGGCAGCGCGCCAUCUGCCAGAGCCGGCCCGAUGCCAUCAUCGUGAUUGGGGAGGGGGCGCAGAUGGGCAUCAACGAGUGCCAGUACCAGUUCCGCUUCGGACGCUGGAACUGCUCCGCCCUCGGCGAGAAAACCGUCUUCGGGCAAGAGCUCCGUGUAGGGAGCCGCGAGGCCGCCUUCACCUAUGCCAUCACCGCGGCUGGCGUGGCGCACGCCGUCACGGCCGCCUGCAGCCAGGGGAACCUGAGCAACUGCGGGUGUGACCGCGAGAAGCAGGGUUACUACAACCAGGCCGAGGGCUGGAAGUGGGGCGGGUGCUCCGCCGACGUGCGCUACGGCAUCGACUUCUCCCGGCGCUUCGUGGAUGCCCGCGAGAUCAAGAAGAACGCCCGGCGCCUCAUGAACCUGCACAACAACGAGGCCGGCAGGAAGGUCCUGGAGGAGCGCAUGAAGCUGGAGUGCAAAUGCCACGGCGUGUCGGGCUCGUGCACCACCAAGACGUGCUGGACCACGCUGCCCAAGUUCCGCGAGGUGGGCCACAUGCUCAAGGAGAAGUACAACGCGGCGGUGCAGGUGGAGGUGGUGCGGGCCAGCCGCCUGCGGCAGCCCACCUUCCUGCGCAUCAAGCAGCUGCGCAGCUACCAGAAGCCCAUGGAGACGGACCUGGUGUACAUCGAGAAGUCGCCCAACUACUGCGAGGAGGACGCGGCCACGGGCAGCGUGGGCACGCAGGGCCGCCUGUGCAACCGCACGUCCUCGGGCGCGGACGGCUGCGACACCAUGUGCUGCGGCCGCGGCUACAACACGCACCAGUACACCAAGGUGUGGCAGUGCAACUGCAAGUUCCACUGGUGCUGCUUCGUCAAGUGCAACACGUGCAGCGAGCGCACCGAGGUCUUCACCUGCAAGUGAGCGCCCCGCCGGCGCGCAUGCGCACACCGCUCGGCGCGCGCCCCCGCCGCCCCCCACUGCGGGGGGCUCCUUCCCGCCCCGCUGGUCUCUUCUUGUGGCGGAGCCCUGUCCCGGACCAGCCCAGAGGUGUCCCUCUGGGGCCUAGGGAGUUCCUGCUUUUCUCUGGGGAAGCGGACCCUCCGGGACUCGAGCAUCCCCUCCCCCGCCUGGUGGCACGGACGACGUGGAAAUGCCAUGCGGCCGGCCACGCCACGCGGGCCCCCACGCGGGACCCUUCCCCUGGCCGCACCCGCCGCCCGGGGCCUCGGGGUGGCCCGGGCAGAUGUUGACCAAGUUUAUUUAUGUGUCGUUAGUAUCAGAGAAGAGUAGCACUAAGGCAUAGCCAGUCCUAAGUGUACCCCGUGUGAGCGCAGCCCCUGGGACCCCCACUUGCUCUCCAGUUUCUGGACAGGGAGCAUCCCUCCUGCACAGCACCCUCUGACCCUGCCCCCAGAGGGCCGAGGAGAGCCACGGACAGGGACCCUUCUUGAAAAUCGUAUCACACAAAUCAAAAUGUCCCCCACCUCAGGCUCCAGGAGUGCUGCGUCCCCUCCCUAAUGCUGUCCCCCCUGCCCAGUGCCCCCGCCAGCCCAGCAGCCUCAGUUUACAGAGCCCACUCCUGCCCGGAGCCAACCGGAAGCCUUGGACAGCCCUGCGCUGGCUGGCGGUGGGCUGGCGGGUGGGGGGCGGGUCAGGGGUGUCUGCCUUCUUUGAUAG